CCCGCAAGCCACCCAGACGGCCAGACCGGUACACCAAACCGAGACGCUAACCCAACCCACCCAGACAGCCAGGCUGAUGGCCGCCGCAUCGCCGGAUUCCGGCGACCUCAUCCUGGUCGAGCCGGCGAAGCCGGGGUCACCGGUCGCCGUGGUGACCAUCAACCGCCCCGCGGCGCUGAACGCGCUGACGCGGCCGAUGAUGAUCUCCCUGGCCGCUGCGUUCCGGCGGCUGGGCGCCGAUGACGGCGUGGCGGCGGUGGUGCUUGCGGGGCGCGGGCGCGCGUUCUGCUCUGGGGUGGACCUGACAGCGGCGGAGGAGGUGUUCAAGGGCGACGUGAAGGACCCCGCCGCUAACCCCGUCGCGCAGAUGGAGCUCUGCCGCAAGCCCGUCGUCGGCGCGGUCGCCGGGUUCGCCGUAACGGCCGGCUUCGAGAUCGCCCUCGCCUGCGACAUCCUCGUCGCCGGACGCUCCGCCAUGUUCCUCGACACACAUGCCAAGUUUGGGAUCUUUCCUUCGUGGGGUCUUUCGCAGAAGCUUUCUCGUGUCAUUGGACCGAAUAGAGCACGGGAAGUGUCACUAUCCUGUAUGCCCGUCACUGCUGAAAUGGCGGAGAGGUGGGGGCUUGUUAACCACGUUGUGGAUGACAAUCAGGUGCUGAGUAAGGCAAUAGAGGUUGCAGAGGCCAUUGCAAGGAACAACCACAACUUAGUUGUGUUGUACAAAUCGGUUAUAAAUGAUGGGCUCCUGUUGGACUUGGAGCAUGCUCGAGCUCUUGAGAAGGAAAGAGCUCACAACUAUUACAAUGGCAUGACAAAGGAGCAAUUCGCGAAUAUGCAGAAAUUCAUACAGGGUCGGAGUUCUAAAGCACCAUCAAAGCUGUAGUGCCAUGUCUGUAUAUCACUGAAGACACUAUAUACAGCUGAUGAAAGUGUGUUCAAUAAUCUGAAAAAAUAAUCGAUUCCUGUGUGACAUAUACAGAGAGUGUCUUCUCAAGUAUUACGGAAAGAGCCACGUUCUUUUACAUUUGAAGUUUCUGGUCAGUGCUCACCACAUUCUAAACAUGUGAUGCGAACUUGUGAUUAUCUGCCAACCUCUGUUGCUUUCUCUUGCCUCUUUGUGAUGCUAAAAACGGUCAGUCGCUGGGAUAUAUUUGUAUCUUCCCUCU